AUGGCCAGGGUUGGGAUGGAGUCCGAGGCUUCUCACGACCACAUGCUGACAUCCGAGUAUGCGUCCUUGUUGGCUUUGGAAUUCAACCGGAAUCCAGUCGUCAACGAUGAGGCUGCAUUCGACAUCUAUCCUCCGCCUCCCCACCCAGAGCCGACCACCCUGCCAGAACGCCCACCGGUGGUUACGAUCAUGGGGCAUGUCGACCACGGCAAGACCACACUGCUAGACACCCUGCGGUCAACAUCCGUGGCGAAGGGUGAAGCAGGAGGGAUCACCCAGCAUAUUGGCGCAUUCUCAGUUCCUGUUCCAGCCAGCGGGAGUAGCUCAGGAUCGACACGGACCAUUACCUUCCUGGACACUCCAGGACACGCUGCGUUCUCCGCGAUGCGAGCUCGUGGCGCCAGUGUGACGGAUAUUGUGGUGCUCGUGGUUGCCGCUGAUGAUGGCAUUAUGCCGCAAACACGCGAAGUCCUUGACCUGGUGAAGAAUUCCAAAGUCGGUCUCGUCGUGGCGAUCAACAAGGUCGACAAGCCUGGAGCUGACAUUACCAAGGUCGAACAUGCGUUGCUUGCUGAGGGUGUGCAACUGGAAACCUUCGGCGGAGACAUACCUUCCGUUCCUGUGUCUGGGCUCACCGGUCAGGGCCUUGACCAGCUAGUCGAGACUAUCUCUGCCCUUGCAGAAAUGCAAGACCUGCGUGCUGAGCGUGAAGGGAUGAUUCAAGGCUACGUGCUCGAGUCCAAGGUCACUAAGGGUCUUGGGCCCACCGGUACUGUGCUCGUGCUACGAGGGAAUCUGAAACCUGGUCAACACCUGAUCUGUGGUACGACCUCCGCAAAAGUCCGCCUGCUAAGCGACUCAAAUGGCAAGCCCGUGAAGGUGGCCUAUCCAGGAAUGGCUGUGACGGUGUCGGGGUGGAAGGAGCUUCCAAAUGCCGGCGACGAAGUUCUUACGGGAUCUGAGUCGGACAUUAAGAAGGCACUGACGAAUCGAGCGCGUAAAGCCGAGAUGGAGGCGGCUUUGGUCGAUCUGGAGGCUAUCAACGAGCACCGGCGCACCGAACGCGAGAAGCGCGAGGCCGAGGAAGAUACGGAUAAACCCAAGACCGCCUCGGAGCCCCAGGGUCCCAAGGAGCUCCGCCUGGUUAUCAAGGGCGAUGUCAGCGGGAGUGUGGAGGCUGUCGUGAACGCGCUCGAGGUAAUCGGAAACGAUGUCGCCCGCACGAAAAUCAUUGCUACAGGUGUAGGGGACGUGACAGAGUCGGAUAUUAUGCGGGCUAAAGCUGCCGAGGGCAUGGUCAUCGCGUUCUCCGUCAAGGUCCCGCGCGUAGUGGAGAACGAAGCUGCAUCGCAGCACGUUCCCAUUGUGUCGUCAUCCAUCAUCUACAAGCUUAUGGACACCGUCACACAAAAGGUCAUCGAGCUUCUCCCGCCGAUCGUUGAGAAGCGCGUGACGGGUGAGGCUACCGUGCUCCAGCUGUUCGAUAUCAGCCUCAAGGGCAAGAAAACGACACAAGUUGGUGGCUGCAGGGUCACAAACGGUGUUGUGGACAAGAGCAAGCUCGCUCGUGUGGUGCGUAACGGCGAGAUCAUUCAUGAAGGUCGCUUGGAUGCCCUGAAGCAGCACAAGAAGGAUGUGGUAGAAGUUGGGAAGGGCAUAGAGUGCGGCAUGAACCUUGCUGACUUCAACGACCUCCGCGUUGGUGACAUCGUCGAGAUGUAUGAGGAGGUUCUAUCGCCGGGUAAACUAUGA